AUGGGAUGCAAUAGAUCAACAGCGGUUGACGGUCUUGGCCAGAAAUCCGAUCAGUACAGACUGACGUUCUGGAUCACGUACGUCAUGGACAGAACAACAACACUGAUGAUAGGACGCCCGUCGAGCUUUCGAGAUGAAGAUAUUGAUACCCCAUUUCCGCAGGAUCCCAGCGAGAUUGGGCUCUUGCAGGAAAUGAACAGCGUUCCUCCGUGCGGGUUGAUCACAGAUGGGAGCUUUGUGAGAGUCAUGGCACGCAUGGGAAAGAUUGCCGACUGCAUCAUGUCAGGCAUCUACUCAUCUCAGAGAAUUUCCGACGCAAGAGAUCUCCUGAUGGAAACUAACAUUCACGGAUGCGAGUCGGCCCUAGAGGCCAUUUUCCAAGAUUUGCCCGACUUUCUCGAUUUUCGCAAUACCGAGGGACCAAUUGGAAACGAUUGGCAGGAGGUUCAACGCCUCCACGUCGGCAUCAUUUACUACAUGCUUCGGAUCCUGGUUCAUCGGCCUGCAUUGGUCUUCGCCAGUUUCUUUUCCUCCGUUGCCGAAGCCCAGUCGAGUUUACCUCCAUCCUUUAACCUUCGGCAAUCUAUGGGAAUUCUGACCGCAUCCGCGAAAGGCUUGAUACGACUGACACACGAGAGCUUGUCGAUGCGCCAGCCUGAUGCUCGCUCCGACAGCUCUCUCGCCAUCUACCUCGUCGCUGCCUGUGUCACUCUGCUUUAUGGGGUCCUGGACUCUGAAGCCACGCCAGAUCACGCCAGAGACACGUUUCUGUCGGUGGAUGAGGCCAUCCACUGUCUUGAAGGCAUGAAGCACUUUGGACCGAUGACGGGGAAGACACUGAGCAUCGACAUUAUGCGCAUGGCGAAGAACGUUCUUUCUUGUCCAGCUGGUUUUGCCUUGACUGACAUGGGUAAUGAAUUUAUAUCGACAUUUCCCUGGCUUGAGUAA